AUGUCAAUAAUAUUCUAUACACAAGUUCUUGAUUUCGUAACACAAUAUACGUUGUACAGUGGAUGUUUGAUAUUCGUAACAGGAUUAGUGGGCAAUGCAAUGAACAUUUUAGUGUUUAGUCAGUUGAAACUCUUUCGAACUAAUCGCAAUGCUUUCUAUCUCAUAUCGGAGUCGAUUUCCAGUUUUCUUUUCCAUUUCAUCUUUAUGACUUUGACGAUACUAACGGCAAUCUAUGGUGAUGAUGGAACAGGUCGUUUUCCAGUGUGGUGUAAAUUGCGUUACAUUCUCGGACCAACGUUUGCAGUUGUGACAUAUUAUAUGAUAUGUUCGGUUACUAUUGAUGAGUAUCUAUCAACAAAUCAUCGUCCGUAUCUUCGACAAAUAUGCACCGUGAAAUCAACACAUUAUGUGUCAAUUAUAAUUGUUGUGAUCGCCAUGGUUCACAGUGUCAUACUGGGAUUAUUCUUCGAUAUUCGACAAUCAACAGGAUGUGUGAUAUCGAAUCCAACUUUUGUUCAUUACACGACAGUGUUUUAUUAUCCCAUUCUGAUUGGUUUCUUACCGAUUGUGAUCACAUUAUUGUUUAGUUGUUUGGCAUAUCGAAAUGUUCGACGAAUUGUUCGUCAACAGUUGCCGAUCAUUCGUCGUCGACUUGAUCGUCAGAUGACAGCAAUGAUCUUGAUACGUGUGGUUUGCUUUAUUAGUUUGGCAUUACCCUAUAACAUCUGUCGCAUCUAUGUAACUCUAUACCCGAUAUCGAAAACGGAUAUGAUGAGGUAUGUGAUAGUUCGACUGAUUCAGGCAAUCACAUUUUCUAUGUCCAUGGCAAACUAUACAGUGAGCUUCUAUGCGUACAUAAUUUCAUCAUCGCGGUUUCGUCGUCAAGUGAAAUAUUUGUUAUUCAAGAAACGUUGGCAUGGAUGUAAACAAUGUUUUCACAUGAAAAGCAAUGGUGUUGUACCCCAAAGUUUCGAGAAUGAGACCAUAGAAGUGGAAGAGCUGUCCUAA